UACGAGGACUGUUCGCCUCGAUACGUCGGGCGUGGUUUUUCGGUGCAUUCGCGCGUCCGCGUGCGGCAUUGCCCUCCUUGACCCGCCAAUGCAGACAUUGAUAAGCUCAUAUCAUUGACCAGAUCAAAAUGCGCAUACCACGCAGCCAUAUACAUGAUGCGUUGCUCACGGGACAAGUCAUGGUCAAAGCAUACGAGGAUGACCUUGCGGGAGUCUAGCGGUGCUUCCGUGCUUUGCGCGGUACUGUUGCCAUAUCCAAAGCUCUGUCGUGAUGUCAAGCUGCUAUUGCAUGCUGUCGAUCUGACGAGGCUAGCUUCGAGUCAGAUCUCACGUUACCCUGAGUUUUUUUCGGGUGUAUGUGGAUCUCUGUGUGCUCGCAUGCAGCGAAGUGGAAGCCUGUCGGGAAAAUAUCCUGCCGAUUUUCGGUGGCGGAAGUUUAAUAAAAUUCGUCCUUCCAUUGGGAGAGUAUCAUCACUGUUUCACGGUGAUUGUUAUAUAACGUACAUGUUGCUUAUGGGGCCUUCAUGGUUUGCGUGGUCGGGCACUUUGAUGGCGGUUCUUUCCGUCAACACGAGGCAGAUCCCAUGGCUUGUGCCUGGAUCCGCCGUCUUCAACUGGAGCCCUCGGGCCUGUUGAUGAUUAUCGCAUAAUUUUUUGCUUCUUCCCUUCUUCGUGAAGGAUGUUCG